AUGUUUUUAAAAGUUAGCAAAGUGUGUUUUAAGGGGAAUUUUAUAAACACUUUAAGUUUUUGUUCAUCAAAAUUUGCUCAAAAACGUAGAAUAAGAACAUUUAACUUGAAAAAUAAAUUAAAUGAAUUGUACACACAAAAUGAAAAUGCCACAAGUUUUGAAAAAAAAAAUAUGAAUGGGUCAGGUGAUUUGCUGGAAAAAAUAAAAAAAACGGAUUUAAAAUUAUUGAAGAAAUUACAGCAUGAAGAGGAAGGAAGUAACAUUAAUUGGUCCAACGUAAAUACGUUAAAAAAUGAAACAUGUAAUAAUGAUAGUGUUGGAAAAUAUGGUGGGAAUGUUGAAGAAAUGAAACAUACUAGCUAUUUAAAAAGUGAGGAUUUUUUUAACAUGGAUAAUGAUAAUAAUUCUGAACAGGACAGGGAAAAUCCAAGUUCAGAAAAAUAUGGAUUUAUUUUUGAAAGGCCAAAACAUUUUGCAAGUAUUAAUGAUGACCCAAUUAUAAGAAGACCAGGAUCUAUUAUAGAUAUAAAGACAUUAAUAAGAAAUAAUUGGACUUUUCCAGCUGUUGGCUUUAAUAGUAAAUUAGAAAUUCCAAUAUAUAAAUUUGAAACUGAUGAAAAUGAUAAUAAUAUAAAAUUUAUAGAAAUACCUAAUGACAUAUUUGGUGUCCCAAUAAGAUCAGAUAUAUUACAUAAAUGUUAUUAUUUUUAUAGAACAGCUUUAGCUGGUUAUACUGAAAGAAUGCAAUUAUAUAAAUGGGAAUGGCCAGGAAGUACAAAAAAAUAUAGAAGCCAAAAAAAAAGUGGUAAGGCUAGAAUGAAUUGGAGGAAAACAUGUGGUCGAUAUUUGGGAGUUAAAAAUCACCCUAUUAGACCAUUUGAUCAAAGGACAAAAAUAAAUAGAAAACUUUUAUGGAAAGGAAUGAAAAUACUUUUAUCUGCAAAAUUUGCACAAGAUCAAAUAAAAGUUGUUGAUAAUUUUUUAAUUAAAUCACAUAAAACAAAAUAUACUGUAAAAUAUUUAAGAAAUAUUUUAGGGAAUAAAUGUAAUAGUGCAUUAUUAGUGCAUGAAGGUAAAACGGAUGUUAAUGAUAAUUUUUUAUGGGCAUGUGCAAAUAUAGCUAGUAUUAAAAGAGAAAAUGUUGAAGGUGUUAAUAUAUAUAAUUUAUUAAAAUAUAGAUAUGUUGUUUUUACAUAUAAAGCUUUAAAAAAUCUUAUUUAUGAACUAAAAGUAUAUCCAUAUAAAAUGAAAUGGCUACCUACAUAUGCUACCCCUGAUAAUAAACCCGCACCUAUACCUGAAAGGGUAAAGAAUUGGAAUAUUUUAUGGUUAGAAAAAAAAAAAAGAAAUGAUUUUUCACGUUUUGAUAAAGAAGCAUUAAAAAAAAGAAUAAAUGAAUGGAAAUGGUCUAGUGAUAUAAAAGGACCAUUAAAAGUUAAAAAACAUGAUCCAUAUAAAAAUUUUAUUUUAACCAAAUUUGAGUGUAAUGAUCCAAUACCAGAAAGCAUAAAAUAUGAAUACCUAUUCAAUGUCGAUGAUGAAUUUGAUCAUAUAAAUGAUUAUGAGGAUAAUCUAAAUAUGAUCGAUGAAAUAUUAAAUGAUGAGGAUUGUUUCGAAAAUAUUUCUGACCUCUCUUUGGCUUUGUCUCCAUCCACUGGUAAUGAGGAAAAAAAUGAUGAAGAAGACGAGGAUGAUGAGGAAGUAGACCCAAGUGACCCCGAUGAGGAAAACAAUACCAAACACAACGAUAAAAGUUAUGGAAACAUAAGCGAUAUUAACUUUGAUAAUAUAAAAGACUAA